AUGCCCCCAAAAUCUGCUUACCAAGGCUCCUCGAAGUCGCUACUCGAAACAAUAGAUGGUCGGUCUACCAUGAGAGAUUUCAAGGACAUGUUCGCCGCUUUGAUGUCCACAGUUCCGCUAACAGAGCAUCGAGUAAGGUUUCGCAAGGUGGAGGACACGUUCACCUCUGAAGAUGCUAUGGCUCCUUUGGCCUGCUUGAAAGUCACUCAAAGACACACCGUACCUGACCACAGCGACCCCACCAAGACAGUGCAGACCACUACCUCGACCACCUGGUCAAUGGGAAGAGAUAUGGCGCGUUCCACAUGUCAGCAAUUGGUCGAUGCUCGUUUCAUCGAGGCUGCAGAUGGCAAGGUCUACCCACAAUUCCCUACGAAGGGUGCUAUCUGGCAAGUCACACCAAAAGGAUGCACAAUUCUGAAGCGAUGGGUGGAUAGGAACGGCCAACCCGCCCCACAGCUCGAAGCCUUAUGUGAGAAGGCACAAAUGCAGCUCGUCGUUCUAGAGCGAGAUAUGGACACAGACCGCAUCAGCCUCGACAAGACAACCGUUGAGGUCGUAUUUCGACGUAUGUGUGGAAUGGAAGGACCAAAUCUCAAGGCAAAUACCACCCUAUCCGACUCAGAUUCUGUCUCGGACUAUGCGACAGGACUAGUCGGCGUAAAGAUGGCCAAGGACAGGAGAGUGAUGAACAAAACCGUCCCUUACACGUUCAUGGGCAAAGCUGCGGCUGAUUGGUUACAAGACUGUUGUACUACCAUCGACCGCCGCGAGUGUCUUCAGCUUUGCGAGAGCUUUGUACGAGCACAAUUGAUGGCACCAGUGAUCGAGGACAGAAACUACCAACGUCAAUUUCCGUCAGAAACACAUUUCCAGCCGACCAAGAAUGCAAUUUAUGCUGUUACGGAGAAAGGCCAGAGGAUCUGUGGCUGGUUAGCACGUCCAGUAAGCAUGAGCAGUGAGGAAAGCACCGAAUCGGACCAUGAAAAGGUGAAGAUUCCACGAGAUACAAACAUGAAUAGAUUCAACAUGAUCGUCCACGACCCAGCGCUCCGCAUGCUCUUUAGAGAACAUCUAAAAAUGUCGCUAUGUGAGGAGAACCUCAAUUUCUGGAUGGAUGUGCAAGGCCUGCUCAAAGUUUACCACAAUGGAAGGAAGGAGAAUGGCGUGGUGAAGCCUGAGUAUGUCAAAGAUUGCUUAGCAACCGCGUAUAACCUUUACAAUUCAUUCCUGGCUACCGGAGCACCUUCCGAACUCAAUAUUGACCACUCACUGCGUCAUCGCCUUGACGAACAAAUCAUACAAACUGAAACGGAUAAUGAUGUUCAGCGGGCACGGCUGGAAAGAAUCCUACACCUGAUCGAGCUGGCAGCCUCCAGUGUCGCCAAACUUAUGGCAAGCGACUCCGUUCCGAAAUUCCUGCGCGAUACAAGAUAUCAAAGUAUUAUUCGUGAACACCAAAUUGACAUGCAGCUUGCGCAACGAGCAUUGUCUCCAGCUCCCGUGCCUGGCUCACCCUCAACUAUAGAGACCGCCCCUUCACCUGCGUCAACAUCCUCGAACGAGAAGCCUGUACUCAGCCGCUCCAAUACCAGUCGGAAGGGAUAG